CAUUCACCUGGUAUUUUGGAACUACACCGAUAUGCACUGCCAUUGCUGAUAACGUGGCAAUAUAUCCUAGUUAUCGUGACAGAGCCUCUGUGGAUGGAACCACAGCUACACUGGUGAUCGGGGACCUGGCUCUCAGUGACACUGGGGAGUACACUCUGGAUAUAUCCAUUGGUGGGAUGCAAAGCAACAUACAAACAACACUGACAGUUUUUGAAAAGGUAUCUGAUCCUGCCAUUACGAUCUCUGGUAGUCCUGGUCCCCUGGUAGCAGGUAAAAGCUCUGUGAGGUUAACCUGUGAGGGCAAGGGCUCCAUCACCACCAGGAAGUGGAUGAAGAAUGGAGGAACUCUGUCUCCAGUACCAGACAGAGUCACCAUCAGUGAAGACAGUAGAACAGUGUCCAUCGGUCCAGUACAGAAAGAAGACACAGGAGAGUACAAGUGCCAAGUCAGCAACCCCAUCAGUAAUGUGGAGGCAUCUGGAACACUGACUGUGAACUAUGGACCAGAGGCUGUCAUCAUUAGUGGAGAAGGCCAUGGAGGAACAGUAGAGUUUGGCCAUCAGAUCCAUUUGACCUGCUCUGCUGAGUCUGUUCCUGGAUGCACCUACACCUGGACAUUAAAUGGGACACGUGGGAUAGGAACUGGACCCUCAUACAUGAAAGAGAAGAGUGUCUAUGAAGACAGUGGAAUAUACACCUGCACUGCUUCAAACAGCAUCACUGCAGGAACUAACAAGGGAGAUUUUGCACUGUCUGUCAAAGGCUCCACCUCCACCCAGCAAAUGCCCAAGUGAAGAGGAAUUAGUAACAGGCUGUUCACAUUCACUACAUCUUUGGCCUAUGUCACAUCUCUUUUGGAUUGCACAUAAUAGGA